AUGGCUGAGAACUCACAGCAGUUUGGUUCAAGAGAGGACAUCCCGACGCGUAGGGUGAAUGAGGUGGAAACGUCCUCUAUCCAACAGCAGAUCUCCGAAUUAACAUCUUUCGUAAGACAAUUAGCUGUGGGGAGUGCUUCACAAGUCAAAGUGUGUGGGGUGUGCACUGCCGUGGGUCAUCCUACGGAAAUGUGUCCACUGGUUCAAGAAGAAACUGCAGAACAGGUGAAUAUGGCUGGCCACGCGCCCGCGCCAAGAAAGCAGUACGACUCGUACUCAAACACCUACAAUCCUGGUUGGAGGGAUCACCUCAACCUUAGCUAUGGAGGAAAUAGGCAGUCUAACUUUGUGCCAAAUAGACAGCAAGGACACCAACAGCAGUACCAUCCUCGCCCACCACCACCACCAACCCCUUCAAACUCAAGUCCGUCCAUGGAAGAAAUGAUGAAGCAAUUACUUGCUAACCAACAAAAGACGGAUUCAAACUUGCAAAGCAUGAGGAAUCAACUGGGACAGGAAGUUCAAGGACCCGAACCCGUGAUUCCUAAAGACAAGGACGAGGAAUGGAUUGAGAAAGAGUUGGAAGAGGAGGGCAGAGAUAACAAAAAUGCAAAGGUGCUCUCGAAACCAAUUCCUACAACUAAAACUAAUCCACCUCCCUUUCCUAGCAGGUUUGAGAACCCAAAGAAGCAAGACAAGGAGAAAGAAGUUCUGGAGAUCUUCCGCAAGGUACAAAUCAAUAUUCCCCUAUUAGACGCCAUCAAACAAGUGCCGAAGUAUGCAAAAUUUUUGAGGGACUUAUGUGUCAAUCGAAGGCGGUUGAGGGGAGAUGAAAGGGUCAUUGUGGGAGAGAACGUAUCAGCAGUUCUCCAAAGGAAGCUUCCACCGAAGUGCGGGGAUCCAGGUAGGUUUACUGUCCCAUGUAGAAUAGGUAAUACUUUGAUUAGAAAUACCAUGCUGGACUUAGGAGCAUCGAUCAACGUAAUGCCUAAAUCUAUGUAUGCUUCUCUGAACUUAAGUCCAUUAAAAGAAACUGAGAUAGUAAUCCAAUUAGCUGACCGAACAAAUGCAUACCCUGAUGGGUUGGUCGAGAAUGUGUUGGUCAAGAUUAACGAUUUGGUAUUCCCAGCUGACUUUUAUGUACUUGACAUGGAUGAUGAUCACUCUUCCGAUCCAUCGCCUUUGUUAUUAGGUAGACCGUUUUUUAGCACAACCCAGACAAAAAUUGAUGUUCAUAAGGGUGAUCAUGGCGUGCCCGUGCGAAGAGGGCACGCAUUAAUCUCACAAGUUCCAACUUCAAGGUCAGAGGAUGUUUCUAAAACAUGGCAUGCCCACGCCAUGUUCGUAAAAUCUCAACAUUACGAAGUGGAAUCUUGGCGUGUCCACGCGGAGAGGGCACGCGUUAAUGUUCAAAAACUGAUUCUCAAGGUCAGAGAAUGUUUUCUAAUCUUGGCGUGCCCACGCCAUGUUUGA